AUGGCGGGUAGACGGCUCAUCGACGCGGCGAAGCUGUUCAAUGCCUCGAAAAGCAUCGCGCAGCAGCAUGUCAAGCUCCGCUCGCAGCAGCUCGAUGCCUACAGCAAGACAUCCUCCCUCGCCAAAGCUGCGAAGAAUCAGACGGACCGGAUCACCUUGACGCUCGAAGCCGCGCGCGCUCUUUCACAGCGGCUGAACGAGGAGGUACCGAAGUAUGCCUCGGCAGCGGCACAACGCCCGACGGCUUCGCAAGAUGCUGAGAUCCCGAGAAGAGACACUGUGAGGGAGGAGAAACCGAGAGAAGACACAGAGACAGGCUUGGAACAGGACCACCCUUAUGAUCGAUCGGGGAGGAACACGAAGGCAGAAGCGGCAACUGAGGGAGAGCUGGGUGUGCAGCAAGAGGACGCUGAGCGGGCGCCGUUGCCGGAUGGCACGAUCCCUUCUGCCGGGAUGACUCUGGAGGAAGAAACAAGAGGGCAGGAUACAUUUAACGAACGACCAGUACCGGAGGCUUCCAAGGAUCCGCUCGCGAAUGAACAUCACACGAGGCUGAAGGAUGAUGAGGGCAUGCAGCCCGUGGGGUCGAAGGCAUCUACUAUACCAUUGCCAGACAAGCCUACCGGUGCUUUAUUAGACAAGGUCAUGUCGGCAGACCAGAUGCGCGCUCAACACGAAGAUUCCGACCAGAUCCCUUCACAUGCACACGAGCCGUACAGCCCCUCCCCCGCUCCACAAGUACAGAAACUACAGGAGGGACAUGAUCAAGACGUCUUCUACUCUAGAUCAGUUGAAUCGCAGCCGACACCCCUUUCGUCGCCGAAGACUCAAAUACCUAGAUAUGGCGAGACUCAUCAGGAGAGCGACGUUCACGUCAGAGAUGAGCAGCUGAACCAGGAUGUGUACUACUCUGCGGCCGAGCCCAAUCAGGAACAGAUGCAAAAGGAGAAUAUUCCAGAACGAACAGCUGUGCCACAGCAGGAAAAAGUACCAGAGGGUAUUAAUACAGACGUGUUCCGCACGAAGCGAGUUGCAAAGAUGCUCGGAGGGAACCCCUACCAGCAGAAUUCCCAUCUUGAUCUGAAGAGCGCUGCUCGUACACCCCAUGAUCAUACGAAGACCGCGCAGGGCCACGAUCAAGAUACUUUCAACGUUCGGAGAAGCGAAGAAAGUCAGCCAUCUAAGCCGGAAGAACCCCUUCACCAAACACAGCCAUCCAAGCUAGAAGAACCAUUACAUCAAGAACAACCUGCAACAACAGAGAAGGAGAUGCAUGAAUUAGCCUCGCAGCUCGCAAAGGACGCCGAAGCAGGCUCAUCUCCUGUCUCCGAGAUACCCAUUGAAGUGAUUCACGAGCCGCAAAAAGCACGCUAUGAGCUACGAGAGUCACGAGUACCAUCUUCACGAUUCGGCCGCUUGUGGCAAUACGCGGGCCUCGGUACAAGCAUGGCGUUUGGCGCUGUUGGGGAGAGCCUCAGACGCGCCACGGGCACUGCUGCCGCGAAUGGAGGCUCGCUUAUGCUGAGCCCGGGGAAUCUCGAAAUACUGGUUGCGAAGCUUUCACGAAUGCGAGGUGCGGCUCUGAAGCUAGGCCAGAUCAUCAGCUUCCAAGACAUGAAGAUGCUACCCCCGGCUAUUCACGAAGUCCUACAACGCGUACAAGAUAGCGCAGACUACAUGCCCGCCUGGCAGCGCGAUAAGGUCCUCGCAAACAACCUGGGCAGCGAGUGGCGAGACCUGUUCGAAUCAUUUGAAGAGAAGCCCAUUGCAGCAGCGUCAAUUGGCCAGGUCCACAAGGCUGUCCUCAAGUCUACGGGACAGACUGUAGCAGUCAAAGUACAAUAUCCAGGCGUAGCCGACUCCAUCGACUCCGAUCUUAACAAUCUUUCCAUCCUGCUCACCGCCUCACGCCUCCUACCCAAAGGUCUCUUUCUCGACCGCACCAUCGCCAACGCCCGCACAGAGCUAGCCUGGGAAUGUGACUACCUUCGCGAAGCCGAAUGGCAAGAGCGCUUCCGCGAAGCCCUCGCUGAUGACCCUUCCGUGUUCAAAGUACCCAAGACCUUCCCCGAAGCUUGCGGUCGGCAGGUCCUCACCGCUGAGCUCGUCCACGGUGUCGGCGUCGCGAAACUGCCUACCCUCAGCCAGGAGAAGCGCGACUGGAUCGGUACACAGAUCCUACGAUUGUGCCUCCGAGAGAUUGUAGAAUUCAAGUUUAUGCAGACAGAUCCCAACUGGACGAAUUUUCUCUACAACGACAAAGAUCACAAGAUCGAGCUCCUCGACUUCGGUGCUUCGCGUGAAUAUCCCGAUGAGUUCGUAGACCCAUACAUCAAUGUGCUCAUUGCAGCUUCCAAGGAUGACCGCACCGCUAUCCGCGACCUGUCCAUCCAGCUCGGAUACCUCACUGGUGCGGAGUCUCAGCCCAUGCUCGACGCACACAUUCAGUCUGUUCUCACACUGGCAGAGCCGUUCCAGGUUUCUGGGCCCGAGGUUUACGAUUUCAGGGACCAGACAAUUACGGAUCGGGUGAGGGGAUUAAUUCCGGUGAUGGUAAGAGAGAGGCUGGCGCCGCCCCCCGAGGAGACGUACAGUCUGCAUCGAAAGCUGAGCGGUGCCUUCCUGCUGUGUGCAAGGUUGGGAAGCAGAGUCCCAUGUCGCGACUUGUUCGAGAAAGCCGUUCAGACGUACCGCAAGGGUGGGAAGCUGGAGUAG